GCACCUUCCUUUCCCCGACCCAAAGACUCGAGCAAGCGAACAGAGCCAAUCAUUCGAAGCCGAGCGCCGGGCGAAGCCGCGAAGAGGAAGCCAGCCAGCCGCCGCCAUGGAGGCGGAGAUGAGGGAGUGGUGCGUCGCGCUCCCCAAGGUGGAGCUCCACGCCCACCUCAACGGCUCCGUCCGCGACUCCACCCUCCUAGAACUCGCAAAACAACUAGGUGACAGAGGAGUCAUUGUAUUUGAAGAUGUCAAGGAUGUGAUCAUGAAGAAUGGUAGAUCUCUCCCGGAGUGUUUCAAACUCUUUGAUUUGUUUCAUAUACUUACGACUGACCAUGAUACAGUAACAAGGAUCACCAAGGAGGUUGUGGGAGAUUUUGCUGCCGAAAAUGUUGUGUAUUUGGAAAUAAGGACAACACCUAAGAAUAACGAAGCCAAAGGGAUGACCAAGCGGUCUUACAUGAAUGCUGUUCUUAAAGGUCUUAAAGCUGUUGAAGAUGUUGAUGCUGUGUUAUUUGAUUCUAUUUUAAGACCAGACGAGACACUGAGUCGUACACCUGUGGGUGAUUUGGAUGGUGUCACGAAGAAAAAGAAGAUAUAUGUUAGGCUCCUUCUAAGUAUUGAUCGUCGUGAGACAACUUCGGCAGCAUUGGAUACCGUUAAUUUGGCCAUGGAAAUGAAGGACCAAGGCGUAGUUGGCAUCGAUCUCUCCGGCAAUCCAGUUGUAGGGGAAUGGGAGACAUACUUGCCUGCCCUAGAACAUGCUAAAGAGCUAGGAAUUCCCAUCACAAUACACUGUGGAGAGGUACCAAACAGGAAGGAGAUCCAAGCAGUGCUGGACUUCUGCCCACAAAGGCUGGGUCAUGUCUGCUGCCUCAACGACGAGGAAUGGAAAAAGCUCAAGUCAUCGAUGAUUCCGGUGGAGAUAUGUUUGACCUCCAAUGUCAUGACUGGAGGUGCUCCUUCUCUGGAGCUCCAUCACUUCGCCGACCUCUACAACGCGAAGCAUCCUCUAUCGCUGUGCACCGAUGAUUCUGGCCUCUUUUCAACAAGCCUCUCAAAUGAGUAUUACCUUGUCGCAUCCACCUUCAGUACGCUGUCUUAGCAAGGCCGAGCUGUUUCGGCUAGCCCAGGGCGCAGUGGAGUUUGCUUUCGUGGAUGACGAGGUGAAGAAGUUCCUGAGGGCAGUGUUCGAGCACGUGGCCAGAAAGGGACUUAUGCCAUAGACUUCCAACCGUCUCUCCAGUGUAAUAUUACAUGUAUGUUUGUUUUUUUGGCACGCAUAGAUCAGGAGAAUGGUAAAUAGAAAUCUCAUGUAUGGUGUGUGCCUGUGUGGGAUCAAAUAAUGGCUAUAUCCUGAUUCAGCUCCUCCUAGGUAGCUCCAUUCAGCUUAAUUUCCUCCUGUUUCUUCA